AUUAGUCAUAAUUUAUAAGUUUUAUUCAGUAUUGAAUAUUUAUAAUAAGUGCUAUAACAACGAAGAAUAUAAACGGUUCUAAGUUAUUUCAUACACGGCAUGCCUCCGGUAAAGGACGAGUCAAUACGGGAAACAAAUUGCCUGGAAAUUAUAAAUAUUGUGGAGAAAAGUCCCGCAAAAAGUACAUUGGUUGAUGUGAGGGCUUGCAACAAACCUGCCGCCAAGGUCUGGUUCCGCGGCGUAAGGAGCUCCAAGUUCCGCCAUGUGUACGGCGUGCCCUCAAAACGGGAGCGUUGCUAUGACAACAUCAAGAUCACCAGGAACGCGCAUGAUUCCAACUUCUGCGCUGUCAAUCCUAAGUUCGUGGCUAUCGUCACUGAGGUCGCGGGUGGAGGCGCGUUCCUCGUCCUGCCUUUGGAUCAUACCGGACGCCUAGACUUCAACGCGAGCCGCGUCACGGGCCACAAAGGCCCCGUCCUCGACAUCAAGUGGAACCCCUUCAACGACAACAUCAUCGCGUCGUGUUCCGAUGACUGCACGGUGAAAUUAUGGCACAUUCCCGACGGCGGUCUUUCCAUGCAUCUGACAGAUUGGUUGGUGGAACUCCACGGACACAAGCGCAGAGUAGCGUAUAUCGAGUGGCACCCUACCGCCGAAAACAUCUUGCUGAGCGCUGGCUUCGACUACUUGAUCUUCGUCUGGGACGUGGGCAAAGGCGAGGCGGUGAAGGUGAUCGACUGCCACAGCGACGUGAUCUACUGCAUGUCGUUCAACCGCGACGGCUCCCUACUGGCCACCACGAGCAAGGACAAGAAGCUGCGAGUCAUCGAGCCGAGGAGCGGGAUCGUGCUUUCCGAAGGCCCCUGCCACCUAGGCACUAAAGCGUCCAAGUGCACAUUCCUUGGCAGCUCGGGCAAAGUGCUGACAACAGGAUUCUCUCGCUACAGCGACCGGCAGUACGCGAUCUGGGACCAACACAACUUGGAGAAACCUCUGGCCUGUGAGACCAUCGACAGCUCUUCGGGCGUCGUGUUCCCCUACUACGACCAUGAUACUAAUAUGGUUUACCUUGCGGGCAAGGGUGACGGGAACAUCCGAUACUACGAAGUGGUCGACGAGGCUCCGUACGUGCACUUCCUCAACCAGUUUCUGUCUGGCAACCCCCAACGCGGCCUAGGCUUUAUGCCAAAACGCGGCGUGAACACGGCGCUGUGCGAGGUGUUCCGCUUCUACAAGCUGCACACGUCCCGCGGGCUGUGCGAGCCCAUCGCCAUGAUCGUGCCACGCAAGUCCGACUGCUUCCAGGAGGACCUGUACCCGGACACGGCGGCGCCUCUGCCGGCGCUCUCGGCGCGGGACUGGCUGAGCGGCAUGAACGCGCCGCCCCUGCUCAUUAGCAUGAAGACUGGAGUAACGAUAUCGACGCACAAGCCGCGCACCAGCAACAAGGACGCGCCGGCGCUGCAGCCGCAGGACGCCAACAACCGCAAGAAGUUCGCCUUCCUCUCCCGCGAGACCACGCCCGACUACCGCCCGCUAGCCACCUGGCAGGACAACCACGCCAACAUCGACAACGACAUACAGAUGCAGGUGAUAGAGAAGUCCCAGAAAACGAGCGCGAACCAGAACACAAAGUUUCACCAGCUACAGAAGAUGUUCGGCAAGCAGAGCGGCGAGGCCGAGCCCGUGCCGCUCUACAAGCAGAUCAACCAGGGCGACGUGUUCAGCACAGAGAAUGAGCUGCGGGUAGCAUUCAACCAGCAAGGCGAGGAGUUGCGCAUCGUGAAGCGGCAGCUGCAGAACAGCCAGCAGCGCGUGCGCGAGCUCGAGCAGACCAUCGCCGCGCUGCAGGCGCACAUGCAGCGGGACGGCUCCUAAACACA